AUGAGUAUCCACGUUGCGUCUCAGGACGAAGAUGAGUCUAGGAUUCUUCUCUUCCUCUAUUACAUUGCAUCAGAUCUUAUGUGUAUACCUGAGAUAAAUCUCUACGAUUUCUACAACAGUAUAGCGUCUGCAGUUAAUUAUGUCCGCUCUCCGAUACCAAUUACUGAUAAGACCUUCUUUUAUGCCCACGUUAAUUACCGAUAUAUUCAGGGUUGUUCCUUAAUGGAAUUUAGACGAGGACCGUUGCUUGUGGAGUUACUCGAAGAGUUGGAGGAAAAUUCAGUACAUACGGAAGGAUUCACAGUCUUGUUGGGACCUCCGCUUCCAAGUGAUUGUGGUUUAGUAAGUAAAUGGAUCAGUCUUGGGGAGCCAGAUCAGAUACAAGGCAAUCAGCUCUAUCAGAUAUCAUACUAUUGUCCACUUAACGGUUAUGCGUCUGCAUUUGUUGAGCAUUUAGUUGACACUCCGACUGAUUCUGUGGAACCCACUUUAUCAGCAGUUUCUAUGCUUGUACAAUUAAACAAAAUCCUUCAGUCGGUCCUUGUUUAUCUUAUACACAAGGGAUGGAGUGAAAUUGCCCUGUACUAUGAGGCGAAUAUAGCACAAACUGACGUUGCAACCAUCUUUGAGUCCAUUUCGCUACCACUCGAUAUCGCCAAACGUCAGAAGUGGGCUAUCAAUAUUGUCAGUAGCGGGGAGGUUCGCACUGGGCUGCCGUUCGCCAAUAUUCUAGCACCUUAUGACAGUAAAAUUGAUGCCGUCGUUCUUCUGAUGUCACCAUCACUAGGUAUGGAAGUUCUGAUCGGAGUUCAAAAUUUAUCUCGUAUUAAGGAGGGAAGAAUUGCACUGAUUCAUGCCAAUCCGAGUGAUAUGCUCACAUAUGAUGCUCUGAUUUUUUGGCGGAACUUUUUAAAGGAAUCACCUCCAACACUUUCUGCUGGUCAAUCUCUUAUUCUAUUGACAUCUUUACCAAUUGGAACUGAGUACGAUGCUAAAUCCAUCUUAUUUGAGCAGCUAACGCGAAACAUGUAA